CUUUUCUACUUAUCCUGAAGGGGAAAGAACAACAAACAUAUAAAAACUUAUGGCAACCGAGGCGGCGGAGGAAGUUCCCGUCCCUGCAGCGGUGGCGGAAGCAGCCGCAACAACAGGAGCUGAGAAGCAGCCGCACAAGCUUGAAAGAAAGUGGGCCUUUUGGUUUGAUAACCAAUCUAAGCCUAAACAAGGAGCCGCUUGGGGUAUCACUUUACGCAAAGUUUACACCUUUGACACUGUUGAAGAAUUUUGGUGUUUAUAUGAUCAAAUAUUCAAGCCCAGCAAGUUGCCUGGAAAUGCUGAUUUCCACUUGUUUAAGGCUGGGAUUGAGCCUAAAUGGGAAGAUCCGGAGUGUGCUAAUGGAGGAAAGUGGACUGUCCUUAGCAGUCCUAGCAACAGAAGGACUAAUUUUGAGAAUAUGUGGCUUGAAACUUUAAUGGCAUUGAUCGGUGAGCAGUUUGAUGACUCGGAUGAGAUUUGCGGCGUGGUUGCUAGUGUACGCCAAAGACAGGACAAACUUGCAUUGUGGACCAAGACAGCAACGAACGAGGCUGCCCAGGUCUUUAUCAUAGGAAUUGUUGAUACUUUGAAUCUAAACGUUUUCUUGAAUUUUAUAUGCUCAAGAAUGAACUUUUCUAGUUUCUACUUGGAAAUUUCUACCAUAAUCACUCUGCAAGAAAUUGCUGCCACCUACGUGCAUGAAAAUAUGCACAAUCAGAUGGGUAAUGAUGGGUUUUCUCUGUUUCCAAUGAGUCAAUAAAAUGCUUAAAUCCAU